AAUCCUGCCGCCACCAUGCAGAGAAGCAUUAGGUCAUUUUUCCAACCCACAAAAGAGGGUAAAGCAAAGAAGCCUGAGAAGGAGACACCCAACAGCACCAGAGAGAAGGAACCCCCUCCAAAGGUGGCAUUGAAGGAGAGGAACCGAGUGGUGCCUGAGAGCGGUUCUCCAGUGAAGAGGACAGGAAGGAGGGCAGCCCAUGUCCUGAGCAGUGAAGGAGAGGAGGAAGAUGAAGCCCCCGGCACCCCCAAAGUCCAAAAGCCUGCAUCAGACUCCAAACAGGGCUCCCCUCCCAGCCCUGACACAAGUCCUGAGAACAGUCCUUUCUUCACCAGCAGCCCCUCCACGGACGUCUCCCCAUCAGGAUUCCCAAAGCGUCGCACUGCUCGGAAGCAGCUCCCGAAACGGAUAAUUCAAGACACUCCCGAGGAGCAGAAUGAGGACAAAGACAGAGCAGCCAAGAAAAGGAAGAAGGAAGAAGAAAUACAGACCUCAACAGAAAGCCUUGAAGAAACCGAAGAGGUAAAACAGAAGGAAGAAAAGGAAGGGGAGCAGCUCAUAGUGUCCCCUGAGCCCACGAAGUACCCCAAGUCAGUGACCCCGACAAAGACAGAGAACAUACCAGCGUGUAAGGCCAGAGUGAAACAGGAGCCUCAGGAAGAGGAGCAGAGCAAGCCUCCUGCCAGAGGUGCCAAGACGCUCAGCAGCUUCUUCACCCCCCGGAAGCCAGCAGUAAAAGCUGAAGUGAAACAAGAAGAGUCUGGUACUCCAAGGAAGGAAGAGACCAAGGGAACCCUGGAUCCAACGAAUUAUAAUCCUUCCAAGAGUAACUACCAUCCCGUUGAAGAUGCUUGUUGGAAACAUGGCCAGAAGGUCCCUUUUCUCGCUGUGGCCCGGACAUUUGAGAAGAUUGAGGAGGUUUCUGCUCGGCUCAAGAUGGUGGAGACACUAAGCAACCUGCUGCGCUCUGUGGUGGCCCUGUCACCUCCAGACCUGCUCCCUGUCCUCUACCUCAGCCUCAACCGCCUCGGACCGCCUCAGCAGGGACUAGAGCUGGGUGUUGGUGAUGGUGUUCUUCUCAAGGCAGUUGCCCAGGCUACAGGUCGUCAGCUGGAAUCCGUCCGGGCUGAGGUAGCUGAGAAGGGUGAUGUGGGGCUGGUGGCCGAGAACAGCCGCAGCACUCAGAGACUCAUGCUACCCCCACCUCCACUCACCACCUCUGGAGUCUUUACCAAAUUCUGCGACAUCGCCCGGCUCGCUGGCAGUUCUUCCAUGGCCAAGAAGAUGGACAUCAUCAAGGGCCUUUUUGUUGCCUGCCGCCACUCGGAAGCCCGCUUCAUUGCCAGGUCCCUAAGUGGGCGGCUGCGCCUUGGGCUGGCUGAGCAGUCGAUAUUGGCUGCACUUGCCCAGGCUGUGAGCCUCACACCCCCUGGCCAAGAGUUUCCUCCAGCCGUGGUGGAUGCUGGGAAGGGCAAGACAGCAGAGGCCAGAAAGAUGUGGUUGGAAGAACAAGGCAUGAUACUGAAGCAGACCUUCUGUGAGGUGCCUGACCUGGAUCGAAUCAUUCCUGCGCUGCUGGAACAUGGCCUGGAACAUCUCCCUGAGCACUGCAGGCUGAGCCCAGGGGUUCCUCUCAAACCAAUGCUGGCCCACCCCACUCGGGGUGUCAGUGAGGUCCUGAAACGCUUCGAGGAGAUGGAUUUCACCUGCGAGUAUAAAUAUGAUGGGCAGCGGGCACAGAUUCACGCUCUGGAAAGCGGAGAGGUGAAGAUUUUCAGCAGGAACCAGGAGGACAACACAGGAAAGUAUCCUGACAUCAUCAGCCGCAUCCCCAAGAUUAAACUCCCCUCAGUCACAUCUUUCAUUCUGGACACUGAGGCUGUGGCUUGGGACCGGGAAAAGAAGCAGAUCCAGCCGUUCCAAGUGCUCACCACACGCAAACGCAAGGAGGUUGAUGCAUCGGAGAUACAGGUGCAGGUGUGUUUAUAUGCCUUUGACCUCAUCUAUCUCAAUGGAGAGUCCCUGGUUCGCCAGCCCCUGUCUCGACGGCGGCAGCUGCUCCGGGAGAACUUUGUGGAGACAGAGGGUGAGUUUGUCUUCGCCACCUCCUUGGACACCAAGGACAUCGAGCAGAUUGCUGAGUUCUUGGAACAGUCGGUGAAGGACUCCUGUGAGGGCCUGAUGGUGAAGACCCUGGAUGUUGAUGCCACCUAUGAGAUUGCCAAGAGGUCACACAACUGGCUCAAGCUGAAGAAGGACUACCUUGAUGGUGUGGGCGACACUCUGGACCUCGUGGUGAUUGGUGCCUACCUGGGCCGGGGCAAGCGGGCCGGCCGAUAUGGGGGAUUCCUGUUGGCUGCCUAUGAUGAGGAGAGCGAAGAGCUGCAGGCCAUAUGCAAGCUGGGAACUGGAUUCAGCGAUGAGGAGCUGGAGGAGCAGCACCAGAAUCUGCAGGCCCUGGUAUUGCCCAGCCCGCGCCCCUAUGUGAGGAUUGAUGGGGCAGUGGCCCCGGACCACUGGCUGGACCCAAGUGUUGUGUGGGAGGUGAAGUGUGCUGAUCUCUCCCUGUCCCCUAUCUACCCUGCUGCACGGGGACUGGUGGACAAAGAGAAAGGGAUCUCCCUUCGUUUCCCUCGCUUCGUUUGUGUCCGCGAAGACAAGCAGCCAGAACAGGCCAGCACCAGUGAGCAGGUGGCCUCUUUGUAUCGGAAGCAGAGUCAGAUUCAGAACCAGCAAAGCUCAGACUUGGACUCCGACUUUGAAGACUAUUAACACCCUGGUCUCCUGGGCCUGGGGCGGAGGUUGAGGGAACCUGGGUACUGUUGGACUGGUGGUGUUGCCUGGUGUGUAUGGGGACAUGGGGGUGGGGU